AUGCCCAGACGCGCUUGCCUACCCUCUCUUCUCUACGCCACCUUGUACGAUUCGAACGCGCUUGCCUACCCUGCGCCGCACCCAACCCAGUCGCGACUGCAUUCACUUGUCCAGAACUGCAAGCUUGCUCAAAAUUGCUCGCCUACCCGGUCGCUCCUGCCCCGCCGCCGCUCGGUCGGUCGCUCUUGCCUACCCUAUCUACCGCAAGCCACCAAGACUUGCAAAGGCCCGGCCGGGCCCGCGUACACUGCGUCGGUCGACGCUUCCCCCGGGCAUGUGCCAUGCAUGGCCACCGAGCCUUCUGCAGGCUGGCUGCUGGUACGGCAGACCCCUUAUGCCCGGCCCGCCCGCGCCCCAGGGCAACGUCGUCGAAGCCCGGGAGAUGCUGAACUUGACCAAGUCCCCUUCCUGUCUCUGCUUACCCUGCACUUUCCCUCCGGCAAGGCGCUUUCGCCCUCUCGGGCUCUGGCAACCAAGUCUCGGGGGGACCCCCCAGUAAAUGCCCGCUUGUUAGGCGGACCCUUCCACUGGGAAAUCUAG